AAAUUUUCCUAAUUAUUUUUUAAAUAAUUUUAAUAGUAUAUUUUCAGAGCAAUGGUUUGGUAUCGAAAGUUAAAAAUUCGCAUUGAUUUGGGCCUGUUACAAUGAACCAUGAAUUCCUAGGAACUACUAGUUCCGCCCGGAAUCGGUCGGAGUUGCUACCGUCAGGAGUCGGUUCCGACCGGUGUCGAAGCCGUCCGGAGUAAGCCGAAAUCAGAAUCAAACUGGAUUCGCUGCGACAGCAUCUUUGUUCUGGUCCCAACAUUGACUAACUCCGGUGGACGCAGAUUUCAGCUGACUCCGGACGACUCCGGACGAUUCUGAUUAUGGUGGACCUGCUUGCCUGAGUCAGAACGGAGUUGAUUCCGGAUUUUUUUAACUUUACCUAUCGCUAAACUGGUGACGAAACCAUAUCUGUCCUGGAACCAAUCACAAGCCUGUAUCGAUCCUGAAGCCGAUCUCGUACCCGUACCGGUCCUUAAAUUGAUACUAAAUCCACACCGGUCCGGAAACAGCUCUCGAUUUUAUUCCGGCCCUGAACUUGUACGGCAACCUGUACCGGGUCCACAAUGAAAUGUGAACCUAUGUGGUUCUGGGACAGAUACAGUGUGGCUGUUUCGAUCCAGUAACUGAUUCCACGGCUCGAAAAACGAAACCGACUGUUUAUUAUUAUUGUUUUAUUAUUACUUUAAAAUAUUUGAUAGUUACAACGGAAAUGUAAUGAAAAGUAAAUUAGGACAAAAACUAUAGAAAUUGAUUAGGUAGAUUUGCUCUUCGAAAUUCAUCUUUUGCUCGGAUUCAUUACACACAAGAAAAGUGAAAAUCGAAACACAAAACAAAGCAAACACUUAAAGGAAGAUACUCCAAGUAUAAGGCUCCAAAUGAGUGAAAAGACAAUCUAAGCGCAUACGAUACGUUAGGCAGUCAUGUGUACAUGUCAUUUAAAACACUUUCACACUUUCUUGACUCUUUCUUUGGGAAAUGAACUUUAUGUGAUAAGGAUUGGACUAUAUAGCUUCCGUUUUGAACAAAUCCAAUUUGAAUAGUUCAUUUCGUAUAAGAAAGAGUCAAGAUUGUGUCCCAAAAUUAUGAGAAUUCCUGAAAAAUGAAGUGCAAAUCGUUUAUCGUUUUACAUACUCACACUUACGCGUACUGCAAUUUGUACUUUGAUUUCGGUUACAAGUUUUUUUUCUGUUGAUGUUUUACAAGAUGCAUGAUGCAUGCAUGUUUUACAAGUUAUUUUUACAUAUACUUCCUACGUUGGGUCUUCAUUUUCUUGCUGUAUUUUCAAAUAAACUUUAGCAGAAUUUUCUAUUUGUAGAAGAAUUGUUUCUACCGUAUCCAAUCUCAACCUAAUUUUCAACCUAAUUUACCGUAAACCUGAAUUUAUAUUAAAGGCGAUUUCACGUACUGCCUUGUGUGUAAAAACCCUACAUUUUUCUAUUAGCUUGCUCGUUAGCUGCUAUAUGGGAUAAUAAAGUUGAAUUACUCCGCAGAUGGCAUACAGAUAUGAAUUCAUAGUGAAUCGAUCGCAAUUUAGUUUCAUUUUUAACAUUAUAUUCAGCACCACCUGUAUCUUUUAGCGAUGCAUCCACUCACAUGUUCCCCAUACCGGUCAACCAUAAAGUACCGUUGGUUGGAUGAUUAAAGACGCUCAUAUAAGCUCAUUAAGUGAGUUUGACCCUGGCGUAGGAUGCUCUCAAACUGUCCGUGGAGGAGCAUCUUACUAUCCAACGUAAGGCCCAAAUAUUUCCAUUUGCUAGUCCAUUGGACCAGAAAACCAUUAAUCUGAACCCUGCUGCGCUUAGUUGGAACCAAAGACCGUCGGCAUCGAUGUGAGACAAUCAUGAUCAGCGUCUUGGCCACGUUGACACGGGUUUUCCAGCUUAUAGCAUACUGUACAAAGGCGCGACGGCUCACCUCUGCCAGUGAUCUACCCUUCACCGCAAUAGCAGUAUCUUCUGCGAAGUACAACAGUGGACCCAGCAAACUACCCUGCGGCACACCGGCUGAAAGCAAAUGCAAGGUUUAGAGCUUUGUACCUAGUGCUACUCUGACAAGUUUUUGGAAGUCCACUGUGACAGGCAUUGUCAAAUGCCUUUUCGAAAUCUAACAUUGCGACCACCGUGAACGUGGCCUCUCUCUUGUUGUUUUCGAAAAGUUGGUUUAACCUAAAUAACUGGUGAGUAGUAGAGUGAUCAGAACGGGAGCCAAAUUACUCCUCAGGAAUAUGAUCAAGUGUCUCCACAGUUUCCUGAAGACACCCAAGUAUCACUCUCUCAAACAGCUUCCCUAGGAAGGAAAGCUGGUUGAUUAGACGGUAGUUUAAGGGAUUCGUGGGGUCUUUUCUGGGUUUGAAAAUGGGAACUACCCUUGCCCACUUGCAUGCUUCAGCUCAGCUCAAGACACCUUUGAAAGUUAUUGCUAAUGAAGCAGAUGGCCCUCUCUGCGAAGUUCAUUGUAGGAUGUUGAGAACCCCAUCGAAACAAGGAACCUUCAUGUUCUUGACUGCUUCAGCGCUGUCCUGAUCCGUCCAGUCGUGACUCUACCGUCUUGGCGUACCGUGUACUGCGCCUCGUCGACUAAGAAUAAGCUAGUAAGUAUCUCUGCCUUGUAGAAGCUAGGCAUACAGUGGAAUCCCUCAUAACGAGUUUAAUCCGUUCCAAUGAUUCACUCGUUAUGCAGGAGGCUCUUUUUCAUACAAUUUGUGUGAAAUAAUUGGUUCCAGAUCUUGAAAAGUGCAGGUAUAUAGAAAUUGUAUGUAUCACAACCAUACGGAACAUCUCCAAAUAGCAACAGUGAUGCAUUGAUCAAUUAUUAAUAUCGAAAUUCUCGCCUACAAGAGCAAGUAGAUCAAGAAUGCAUGCAAGAACACACUCAUCAAUACACCUCACACUUGUGACAUACGCUUGUUAGGGAGGUACACUACACAGUAAAAUCCACAUCCUGCAUUUUUCCACGACCGAAGCCAAAGUGAGCCUCUCAUAUUGUUAAAUAAGAAGGAAUAAAAUGGAGCAAUCAAACUAAAGACACUUACUCUACCUGUCGAUGAGCGCAGAACUGCACAGCAAGUGUAUUUGCUUUGGCUGCAAGUGUAAACCCUGGUUUGGUUGUCAGCAGAACUGACCAAGAGAGGCUUAAGCCGCUUCCUCAAAACCCUAAUCACUUUCCAGAAGGCCAAGGCCCUUGUGUCUAUUAUUGCCAUAGAGAGUCCUUGCGAAAGCCGCAGUUAAAGUUUUACCGGCCGCAUCAACAGAGCGUUUAACGUUUUCAAUGCAAACCCACUCGAUAUUGAACCGAUCGUUUCGCGAGCAGAAGUAUUUGAAGUAACUCAAGGGAGUGCUCUGAAAAAAAUUGAAAAAAUAAGUUCUGGUAUAUCUGUCUAAAUCAUGGCUUUAUCGAUAAGCUCGCAAUGGUUUCAAAUCUCAAGGGGACACCACGUCUUGGCAGUACGCAGAACCGUUGACUAUCCUGGUAUUAGAAUUAAACGAUAUAGCUUCGAGUAGCAUUAGCUUCUUGUCACUAAAGCGUUGCGCUCUAGUUGCCUUUUGGACAUACGCCGGCGGCUUGUACAAGGCCGAACGAGCAUCAAUUCCUUCUAUCUUUAUUUUAUUUUAGCAGUAAACAAAUAAUGUGGUUGGAUUGGGAAAUUACAACGAAUGUGUGCCGCUGCUUUAAAGCAACCCACAAGCAAACAAGCUCCUCCCGCAACAAAUAAUGUUGUCUGCCCGAAACACAAAGCCCCACAUGCAUGCAAACCUCUUUGUGAAUGAAAUCAAGAGCAUCUCGCGCAUGCUGUCCCACCAGAUACUGUGCGCCGAUGCGCCGUCGGUUGUGUGUUUUAUUGCAUUGAAGCAUAACAACAGCUACUACUGGCAAUGUGUGUGUUGGAGCCGCAUUCUCUCGCCUUGGUUUUCGCCCAAUUCUCAAGAGCAUCAUCUCGUGUAUCGUGAAACAAACCAAAUGGUGAAUCAUUUCGAUUCAUGGCACACCACCCUAUUCCAUGCAACGCGACGCAAGAGCUUCUUUAACAACGGUUCUGGCGUUUGUAGAAGCGACAGCGCAGAAUUUUGAGCCCAGCCUUGGCAGGCCCCAGAGCUGGCUAUAGUUCCACUUGGGCUCUCGAUUGGAAAGCAGGAAGGCAGGCAGUGAGGAACAACAAAACACACAUCUGCAUUCCGGGUGUUUGCGUUCAUUUUGCCGGUAGUGUUCCUUUCAACCCCUGUCCACCACUCCACAUCAUCACUCCCCCUCCCCUCCCCCAUCUCGGUUGAUGGUUCGGUCGCACGCGUUUCAGUUCAUUUGCUCAGCUGCCCCCGCCGCUGAAGGCUUCCAUCAGUGCGCCCCAAUCCAUGCGCACCAUACCACUCCAUGCGCGUCGCGCUUCACGCUGCUUGUGGGUAAGCGCAUCUGUUCUGAACAUUUCUCCACCAACGGUUUGCAACGGCGUUUGUUUGGGUGGUGGUUUCGCGCUAGCGGUUAGCGGUGGUAGUGUUCUUUGCCACACACUAGAUCACCCCACCCCAUCCCUCUUUGAGGACUUAUCUUCCAGUCAGAACGCGCGCAUAUUGCCGAAGGGAUGUCCGCUUAAUCGCGCGCGCAUCGCACACUCUCCUCGCGCGUCUCGUCGCGUUGCUCAGUCCGCCGGUGGUUCACGCCGGGUUGCGAUCGUACGCUGUUAUUGGUCCACGGUUUGAGUCUUCAGCGAACCACAUCUCUAACGGGUGUGCCUGCCUGUGCGUCUUCGGAGGCGUUCUGUUGUGUUCAUAUUUAUCACUCUCACUUUCGUUACUCCCUCUGUCUGUACUCUCCCGGGGAUGCUGUACGCGGGCCUGGUGCAGUUCGCGCUGGAUGAUCGUGGUGAUCGUGUGUGACGUCGACGUGAUCUUGGAGCAGCAGCAGGCUACAAAGCCGUAGUGUUGUACUAUCAAAAAUUCGGUUCACUUUUCGACGCCAAAACACGGUUUCAGUGUCGAUGAUUGCGUGCACGCUUUGCCCAUUGCCCGUUAAUACACCGAUUUUAAACCGCGCCUAAUCAAUUACGUUCACGCACGAAAACUAGGCCGUCGACGCUUCCGGAGUGAUCGCAUUGCGUUAGUGAGGUUUUGCGCUGUGCAUUUGUGCUUUGUUGGGCAUCAUCUUAGUGUGUGAGUGUGUUUUUGGAGUGAAAAAGAGGAAUUAUUAUGCUGCAGCAAAUACAUGAGCUGCCUGUACAAACGUUAUGAUACACGAGCCCGGAGAGAAAAUACAAAUAUUCGACAGAUCCCGUAAGACAGAAGUACCGAAUCCAGUUACGGUGUAGUGUUGACCAGGCAAAUCAUGAGCAACAACUACACGGCCGACAAUCUCGGCCGCAGCCCCGAAGAGGAUGGGGUUUUCUGCUCCAGUGAAAUAUCGAUCGUGGCCGCAUCGAGCGCUACCUUUAUCGCGGUACUUGGAACAAUCGGAAAUGUGACCACGCUGCUAGCGCUCGGCCGGAACCGAGCCGUGCGACAACGGCGCCGUCAACCGACCACCGCAUUCGUCAUGUCGUUAGCCACCGCGGAUCUCCUGUUCUGUGUCGCCGUCAUGCCGCUCAUGGCCCUUCGAUACGGUCGCCGAAGAUGGCCCUUUGUCAGUGACAGCUUAUGGUGCCGACUGUUUCCAGUGGCACUGUACGGGACGGUCGCCACCUCCGUGUUAAGCUUGGUGGCCCUGACCGUCAACCGGUAUGUGCUGAUAGUACAUCCCGCCUGGUACGGGGCAGUCUAUCGAACGGCCGGUAUGGUGCCGCUUCAGCUGGCUAUUUGUUGGGCCAUUCCGUACGGUUUAAUGGCUUUGCCACUGUUCGAACUCUGGGGUCGGCUAGGGUUCGAUCGUCGAACGUUCUCUUGUACGGUGUUACCCUCGAUCACUUCGAUCGGGAAGUUUUCUGCCAGCCCGAAGAAGUUCAUUUUCAUCGUGGGAUUCGCUCUGCCAUUCUGUGCCAUCGUCCUCUGCUACACGGCCAUCAUCGGUGCAGUGCGAAGGCAGCGUCGUCAUAUGCAGCGGUAUGUGGUCAAACCAGUGGCUGCAACAUCGGCUGCUUCCACGCCUGGCAGCAUUGCCGCACCGAGCAACGACGAUGAUGAGCGGCAUCUGACACGAACAACGGCCGCUAUAUUCGGGUGCUUCAUGCUUUGCUUUCUGCCACUUACGAUCGCCAAUGUGCUGUUGGAGGAUGCUGAAUCGGUGGGUGAGGCGGGUGAUGUGCAUGUGCUGGCAUCGAUUCUCACUUGGCACUCGGCCGUACUUAAUCCCUUCAUCUAUGCGCUGGGUAGUCGCCAUUACCGAAACGCUUACUGGGCCGUCUUACGCUGUGCAGAUUGCAAGAGUACUAAAUCCCAACAAAGAAUAACAUUUAGUAGACAUCAAUCACCUACGACGCCAUGUGCAACUAAAUCCACUAAGAUGGGAAGUUGCACUGCUGAAAACACCGGAAGUGGAACACAAAAUAAUUCGGACGUAUAACGAACGCCAAAUCAUAUCUAAAGAGCUAGAUCCCAAGCCAUAUGUAGAUUAAAUA